GUCCCCAUGUGGCUCCAGGAAGGGAGGCAGUGACUGAAGCUGAUACAGAGGUGGGAGACAGAAGCGGGCCCUGCCUUCCAAAGGACAGAGAAGGUCCUAGGAGACCAGAUGCCUCCCAGGGAGUAAGAAAAGAGGCUGAGGGUACUCUGGGCGCCAUGUCCUCGAAAAUGCUGAGUCCAAAGUACAAAGCUUACCAACCAAGAAUUAGAGCCAGAGGCCAGCACUACUGGACGACCAAGCGCGACGGCGAGGUGGAGCUACGGCAGGAGGACGCCUUCGCCAGCCAGGUGCCCAUCACCGUGCACGACAUGGUCAUGAACACGGCCAUCAGGUACGCCAACUACGUGGCGCUCGGCUCCAAGCACAGGAACGGCUGGCACCUGCUCACCUACAUAGAGCCGUGUGCUUACCGCACGUUCUUGCUCAAAUCACUCGACGUCUCUCGUCAAGAGCUGGGCCUGCAGCGCUUCCACAGCGUGGGGAUCAUGGGGUUGAACUCUGAGGAGUGGGUCAUUGCCAGCAUCGGUGCCAUCAUGGCCGGAGGCUUCUCCGUUGGCAUGUUGUCCACCAACUCCCCCAAAGCCUGCCAGGUGAUCGCUGCAAGCUCAGAGAUGGACAUCUUUGUGGUGGAUAAUGACAAGCAGCUGCAGAAAAUCAUCCAGAUCCAGGGCUCCUUGAAGCACCUCAAAGCCAUUGUCCAGUACAAGGAGCGGAUCCGGACCCCGCUGCACAACUUGUACUCUUGGAAUAGCUUCCUGGACCUGGCAGACUACGUCUCGGAAGACACGCUGAACCACGUCAUCGACUCCCAAAAGCCCAACCAGUGUUGCACCCUGGUCUACACCCUGUCGAUCACCGGACCCCCAAAGGCCAUGAUGCUCAGCCACGACAACAUCACUUGGACCACGGAGAUCAUUGCCCAGAGCCUGUCUUACAAGUCCCCGCCGGAGAAGCAGGAGGUCCUGGUGAGCUACCUCCCUCUCAGCUACCUGGCGGCCCAGCUCCUGGACAUGUGGAUCACCAUCUCCGUGGCCGGAACCCUCUACUUCGCCCAGUCGGAUGCUCUGAGGGGCUCCCUGAUAAACACGCUGCGGGAGGUGAAGCCCACCGUGUUCUACGGCGUCCCGUGGGUCUGGGACAGGCUGCUGGACACCCUGAAGACCAGCCAGCUCGCUUCUACCCCGUUCCGGAGGAGGCUCGACAAGUGGGCCAUGUGGCUGGGACUCAGGGCCAAAAAAAGGCAGAUGUUGGAGCAGAGCCAUCUCCCGCUGUGCUUCGGCCUGGCCAAGAAGGUGACCUUCAACCAAGCACAGAGGUUCCUGGGCCUGCACCGCAGCCGCCAGUACUUCAACCUGGGCAUGGGGCUCUCCAAGGCCACCACGGAGUACUUCCUGAGCCUCAACAUGCCCAUCUGUGAGCUCUACGGCUUGCCCGAGAGCACGGGCGUCCACACGCUGUCCCACCAGGAGGACUUCCGGCUGCUGAGCUGCGGGAAGUCCCUCCCUGGCACCUACACCAGGACCCAGAAGGAAAAUGAGGACGGCAUCGGGGACAUCCACGUUUGGGGCCGGAACGUCUUCAUGGGGUACCUCAACGAUGAGAAGAGAACCCGGGAGAAGAUUGAUCUCUACGGCUGGAUGCACACGGGAGACCUGGGCCUUUUGGACCAUGAUGGAUUCCUCUAUGUUUUGGGCAAUGAAAACGACAUCAUCACCCUCAGCUCGGGUGAGAAGAUCAACCCGAACCCCAUGGAGCAGCUGGUGAAGAGGUGCAUUCCCAUUGUCCGCUACGUGGUGCUGGUGGGCGAGGGCGCCCCCUACCUGUGCGCCCUGCUCACGCUCAAGUGCCAGAUCAACCCGGACACGGGGGAGCCUCGGAACGCGCUGACCAGCGAGGCGGUGGCCCUCUGCAGACAGCUCAGGAGCCACUCCACCAGGCUGUCAGACAUCAUUUACCACAAAGACCCGGUGGUCAUGAACUUCAUCAGUCAGGGGAUCAACGCUGCCAACGCACAGGUCACCUCCGACAGCGCCAAGAUCGUCAAGUGGACCAUCCUGGAGACGGACUUCUCCGUGGUCGGAGGGGAGCUGGGGGCGACCACGGAACUGAAGAGGGCCAAUGUGGCCAAGAUCUACCAGCAGGAAAUUGAAAGCUUUUACGCAGAGGAUGAAUACUAGUGGGGGGCAGGGGGGCAGGCGGGGGGGGGCUCCCCCAUCCCCCUACUGGAGGAUCACAGAGCUGCCUUCCAGAGGGAGGGAGGCGCCCAGCUACCCACUUUUAGCCAAGAAGCCCUUUGGGGCAGAUUCGGAUUUAAAGGUAAAAGGAGAAUGAAAUUGGUUUCACCAAA